UUCCUUGACUGUUGAAAAAGAAAGUGAAAGUUGAUUUGACAGUUCAACAGCGAAAAAGGCAAAACCAACCACUAAUUUUUUGAUAUUGUAAGAAACGUCACGUGAUGUCGUCACCUAGGCCAGACGGUCUCAUGUUAAAGGAAGCACUACUCCGUAUGUUGGAAAAGGCAAUAUCCUAUGACGUCAUAUUGCUAGUGGGCAGGAAUGGUCAGGAAGUGCGGUGUCAUAGUUUCAUGUUGAGCGCGCGAAGUGACGUGUUCCAAGCUAUGCUGGAGUCCCCCCGCAUAGGAGCGGAGACUGAGAGGGACGGAGAAGGACGGGCGAUAGUUCCCAUGCCGGAUGUAGACAAGGAAUUCGUCACCUGCUUCACCAGAUACUUAUACACAGAUGACGUAGAUCUAACACAAGAAAAUGUCAUGCCGCUGUUAUAUUUAGCCAGAAAGUAUUUGAUCCAAACACUUACCGACAAGUGCCAACAACUGAUAACUGCUGCCAACCUGGAGGAGCCGGAGAACGCUGUAGAGAUCUUCCACCAGGCGUUUCUGUUUGACAUGGAAGAUUUGAUGGAUGACAGCAUGAAGAUCAUUAACCAGAGCACGAGGCAGUGCCUGGAGUCAGCCGCCUUCCGCUCGCUGCCGCAGGAGUGUGUUCGAAAAAUCAUCGCGGACGAUCACCACCAGGUGGAAGAAGAGACUAUUUAUAGAAACGUGAUGCGAUGGUGCGAAGAGGAGUGCCAGAGAAGAGGACUGAGUGAGAGCGACGAGGAGUUCCGAAAUGUUCUUGGUGAUAUUUUAUACGAGAUACGGUUUCCAAAUAUCGAUGCGCGUUUUUUCAGGUCAUCCAUUGAGAAGAGAAGUCUACUCACGGAACAAGAAAAGCAAGAGAUUGAAACGUUGUUGGCUCGUCAAGAUAAUACAUGUAGCAGAAAGUCAUACCAAGGACGCUUUAAAUGCAAACCAAGAAAUAUUUGCCGGAGAGUGAUCCGAAUGACAGAGGGCGGAGAAGCCAUGUUGUUGGAUCAGGACCAACAUAUAAUUGCCUUCCAGUCGUCCGUAGACUGCCUAAUGCAUGGAAUCGUAACGUACGGCCUAAGCCAAAUUGAAACACCGGAAAAGUUUAAAAUUUUGCUUGAUCUCAAGGAUGACAACAACGGAACAAUAGUGCGUGAUGAAUUUUGGGUGGAAUCUGUUCCCAAAACCAAGCUGUAUGACGUUAGAUUUCAGAAAGCCGUGGAGAUUGAGGCAGACAGGCAAUACAAGAUAAGCAUGGAGCUAGCUGAUGACAACUGGCACUGGAUGGGGAAGCUUGGACGCCAUUCUGUGCCUUUUCGAGAUGGGGAGGUUAUUUUUACCGGAUGCGGUAGUGGUACGGAGGAAACCAACAUGCUCGGCGGUCAGAUUCCUGGAUUAAUGUUAUCCUGAUUACUCCUUCGUCAUCAAAAUAUGUUUGAUAUAUUAGGUGCUUUGACAAUUUGUGAUUUUGAUUUGUUAUCCUAUAUGAGAGAGAGAGAGAGAGAGAGAGAGAGAGAGAGAGAGAGAGAGAGAGAGAGAGAGAUGUUCAAAAAGAGAAAAGAGGGAAUUUAUUUUGCUUAAUUUGAAGCUUUCAACCAAAUAGUUAUUAUGCAAUAAACACUUGAAAAAACGGGACUUGCUGACAACUUUUCAUGAAUUGACCAAUACCAAAAAUUUUAAACAGAAUUUUACUGGUAACUAUAACUAUAGUUAUUUUUGUGCAAAACUGUAAACUGACGUAAAGGCUAAAUUAAGAAUACGAUGGUUCAUAUUUACCAUGUUCAAAAAUACUACGCAUGCGCUACAAAAUACUAUAAGCUUAAAGCAAAGACAAAAAUAAAGGAAGAGCUCCUGACAGCCACAAAUAAUUCUGAAAGUACAUAAUCAAGUUCAACAAAUUAUUAGCUGUAAACACCAUCAAAUGAAAAACAAAACUCUAUAAUCAGGAUCGCCGACGCCUACAUUCUAUUAAACUUCUUUUAGAAUCAUUUUAACAAGAGCUUGGAAUUAGUUACAGGAAUGCAUGCACUCAUUUAAAGACUGAAUGGAUACGCCAUCAUACGGUCAAAACCAAUCAAAGAUGGCCGACUAUAUAAAGAAUGAUAGAUAUGUUGUCUUGGUUACAUAUAUAUAUGGAGCGUGUCUUUAUAGUUGUACUUCAAAGGGACAUGGUCACGAUUUUGGUCAAAUUCUAUUUUUCUGAUUUUAUU